UUCUUCGAAGCAACAUACUGUGAUUCGCAGAAAGUGUUCUGCACAGUUGAUGAGCGGAUACUGUGUAGCGUACAAAUGUCUUCCGGUAGCCGUAGCCGUUUGUUGUUGCUGUUGCAACUGCGCAUCUCAUCGUAUUCUACCGAGUGCGUGAAGUGCACGCACAGCACAACGCGCCGAAAAGCUUGCAAUAAUCUGGUGCAUGACAAGAGGUACGCUGCCACCUUGAAAGAAAAAUUUGACCGUAUUACAAUAAGAUGGAUGUGUCCAUGUGCAGCUGUAGUAGUAGAUUGCAGCCCUACUCACGUCAUUUUAGAUAACAUAGAUAUAUAUAGUUAUCCUAGGUAUAUAUUAGCGUCUUGUUAGAUAGUCGAAAGUCUGCUGUAGUGUGCAAGUGAUGGUUGCAGC